AUGGUGAGCUAUAUGGCUGAGUUGUCGUUACUCAUGAGUCACAUGAGUUGUGGAAAGUCUAUAAAAGAUCAUCCUGCUGUAUUUCGAGCUUCCAAACAUCGAACGAUUCUUGAACGAAUACGUCCGAUAGAGCAGAAAAUGAGAUCUCAGAUAGAUAAGCUUGUUCAGAGCCUCGAUAAUGGUGAAGCGAAAGCUCCUUUGCGUGCUAGACCGGACCAAAUGGAGUUUGAUGAUGAUAAUGACGAAUCAGAUGAAGAUCAAGGUAAUGAGGAGGACAACAAGAAGCCGAAAAAAUAUGUUCCACCAAAGAUGAUGGCCAGGAUGAAGAUGGGCAUGAAACGAAGGCUAUGGAAAAAGCGAGAGGCGUGCGCUUCAAAGCAGUCUCGUUCAGGAACUCAGACAAACAAUACAGCGAUGCUCCAGAGGAGUUCAGGGAAAAGAGUCAGCGAAGGUUCGAUGCCGACAGGGAGAGGGAGAAAUAGAGGAGGAUCACUUUGUUCGUUUGCGGAUGAGCAAGGCCGAAAAGAAACGAGAGCAACGCUUAAAUCGCGACAAUGCCAUGGACGACUUGUUCAAUUUCGGCAACUACAUGAUGCGGAUGAAUCUGGAGAGGCCCUCUCCACCAAUAAAAAAAGGAAGGGAGGACAUGCUGGUGGACCUAAAGGUAAAAAGUCACGAUUCGAGAGAAAGAAGAGCCAAAAAUCGAAGUUGAAAUCGAAGAAUAAGGCUAUCAAGAGAAGGACAUGA